UAAAUCGGGCUACGUAUACCGCCGUGUUUACAUUAGGGGAUUAGAAGAGUUUAUUUUUUAUUUAGGUAUGCAAGCAACGUAUAUCAAUAUUAGGCCUUCAUUCAUGUACUCGUGUGCAUGUAAUCAGCAUGCCCUUCAAUAUUAUGUAAACCAGGCUAUUCAAGUACUGUAUAAUUGACAUUUAUGUGCGUUUGAGCGCAGCGACAUAAGCUCAUAAAUGAUUUCUUUAGGCGUCGUGUUAAUGGAACAGGUGUUCGAGUUGACAAUGAGUUGUUUUGCAUGAGUGUAUGUUGGAACGGAGUGUAACUUCAUUCUGAGCUUAGCCACACGUAACACGAGACAGUUCAUUUUAUGUUAUAACAAACUGGACACUUAUCAUGGAGGAAGCAACUCUCCUUCAAGUUAAGGAACUUUUGAAAGACUCCUUUACUUCCUUCAAAAGAGAACUCAAGGAAGAAACAGAGACACAGUCUACAAAACUGUUCAAGAAAUUUCGAGCGGACAGUAACGACAACAUUGACUUGAAGAACCGCGGAAAUCGUAAGCAGCAUGAAUUCAACAUCCAGGUCGCUAAUAGCAUUGAAGAGGCAGCUGAAUAUCUCAAGAGGGCGGAACAAGCCACAGAUUUUGAAAAACAACAACAGCUUCUAGAUGAGGUCAAGCGCUGCAAUACUGAAGGUAUAUCUUUGUUACAUAAACGCAAUAAAUUAAUACGUUUGGCAGAUGGGUCUGAAACGGGUUGGCUUGCUGUCGAUGAAUAUGAACAAAAACCAAUCGCUUCAGAUAGCGAAGAUGAUAAACGCCUUAAGCAAUCUGAUAGAGAAGCUGCUCGUAAACUUAAAUCACGCAAAGCAAAAUCUGGCGGUAGAUAUUCAUAUUUCAGGUACGGUAGAGGCGGCUUCAGAGGCGGCAGAGGGUCGUCCACUCCUCCUAAUACCGAGAGCAACCAGUGGCAGCAAGGUGCAGGAGGCGGCAAUGGGUUCAAGCGUACGCCAAAGCCAUCAGACAUCUGUUUCAGAUGCGGCCAAACGGGGCACUGGAGUUACAUGUGUUCCAGAUUUUCCGGCAACGGGUCCGAUAGCAGGCUCAACAAGCAAAAUUGA